AUGCCUCAAACUCGACAAAUGCCAUCGCCUGCAGCAUCAAGCUCCCAGGUCCUCCAGGUUCCUGAUGAGCAAUCUGCAAUCCGUAUCUCAGGCACAUUGAGGCUGAGGGGAGAGGAUAAUUCGAACUCUUCAGGUAUCAACACUGGAAGCGCCCCAAACCGCCAUAUCAGAUGGAGCCAAGAUGUUGUUGACAAUGAAGGAAUGGGCAAGAAGAGUUCGAAAGUGUGCUGUAUAUAUCAUAAACCUCGGCCUGUCGGUGAGAGCAGCUCAGAAUCAGAGUCCGACUCAGAUUCAAAUUCAGAUAGCGACAGCGAGACAGAUCACUAUCAAAACAAACCAAACCAUCUACAACAUCGUCUGGGUCACAAUGAGAGUUCACACCACCAACAUUCAUCUGAGCAAAACUCAGAAAAAGGACAUACAGCCUGCAAUACAAAACACUGUGGCAAGCAAGGAAAGCAGAGAAAGCCAAGUCCAAAUGCUUACGAGAAAAUGCCAAAACCAUCAAAAGGGCAUCAUAAGUCACAGGGCGCAUAA